AGACGACACUCAAAACUCAAGAAGCGAUUCCUUUUCGUUCGUUGGGUUCGAGCUAAGUACAGCUCCGAGCACCGAGUUAGGGUUCCGAUAUUGAACAAAUUGUUCCUUAGUUGAGAAAUUGUUCGCAGCACCCGACUUAGUUGCCUUGCAAGCUUGUUUUUCUAGAUAUAUAAGAUGCCGAAAACAAGGGCGAAUGCUUCUGGAGAUGCAUCUGAAAGACCUAUAGAAUCUGAAGAGCGGGUGGACCUUGAUGGAGACAACGAUCCUGAGGAAACAAUAGAAGAAGAGGUCGAGUAUGAAGAAGUAGAGGAAGAGGAGGAAGUGGAAGAGGUGGAAGAAGAAGAGGAAGAAGAAGAGGAAGAAGAAGAUCCAGAGGAGGGUGAGGAAGAGGGAGAAAACAAGGGAGCUGCUACAAAAUCUAAUGGACAGAAAAUCUCAGAUGGUGAUGAAGUGAUGAUAGUUGUUGAAGGAGAGGAGGAAGAAGAAAAAAAGAAGCAUGCGGAGCUUCUUGCACGCCCUCCGCAUGGAUCAGAGGUGUAUCUUGGUGGCAUUCCUCAUGAUGCAUCUGAAGAGGAUUUGAGGGGAUUUUGUGAAUCUAUUGGGGAAGUUACUGAGGUUAGAAUAAUGAAGGGAAAAGAUUCAGGUGAGGCCAAAGGUUAUGCUUUUGUCACCUUCAGAAACAAGGAGUUGGCUUCUAAGGCCAUUGAGGAACUGAACAAUUCUGAGUUAAAGGGAAAAAGGAUUAAAUGUUCUACAUCUCAAGCAAAGCAUCGGUUGUUUAUUGGAAAUGUUCCCAGAAAUUGGGGAGAGGAGGAUAUGAAGAAGGCUGUAACAGAUAUUGGACCAGGAGUCAUUUCUGUGGAACUGUUGAAGGACCCACAGAACUCCAGCCGGAAUCGUGGAUUUGCUUUCAUUGAGUAUUAUAAUCAUGCGUGUGCAGAAUAUUCAAGACAAAAGAUGUCAAGCCCAAAAUUUAAGCUCGACACCAAUGCUCCUACUGUGAGCUGGGCUGAUCCUAAAAAUACAGAAUCCUCUGCUGCUUCUCAGGUGAAGGCAGUGUAUGUCAAGAAUUUACCAAAAGACAUUACUCAGGAGAGUCUAAAGGAGCUGUUUGAACGUCAUGGAAAGAUCACAAAGGUGGUUCUCCCACCUGCAAAAGCAGGACAUGAAAAGAGCAGAUUUGGUUUUGUGCACUUUGCGGAAAGGGCAUGUGCAAUGAAGGCAUUGAAGAACACUGAAAAAUAUGAAAUUGAUGGUCAAGUUUUGGAAUGCUCUCUUGCAAAGCCACAAGCAGAUCAGAAGUCUUCUGGAUCAUCAAAUCAUCAGAAGUCACCUUUACUUCCAACCUACCCACCACGUCUCAGUUAUGGCAUGGGAGGGAGUAGUCCAUAUGGUGGAUUGAGUGCUGGAUAUGGUGGCGGUGCAGGGUUUGCCCAACCACUGAUCUAUGGUAGGGGACCCACUCCUGCUGGCAUGGCAAUGAUGCCUAUGCUUUUGCCGGAUGGAAGGAUUGGAUAUGUCCUGCAACAACCCGGAAUGCAACCACACACCCCUCCACCGCAGUCUAGAGGUGGAAGAAGUGGUGGUGGCAACUCAAGUGGUGGAAGGCGCAGUGGUGACAACAAUCGUGGCCGCAGUCGCUAUAACCCUUAUUAAUUAGUGAGGUUCGCCUUGCUUCGAAAGGGAAAGGAGAAAACAGUAUUUUGGGUCUGUGAGUAUACAUUUGGAGCUGUGCAGUUCAUUAGAACCAAACAUAUGUAGCUGGUCAUGUCAUAGAAAGAGUUGCUUCAGAUCGAUUCACGUGUAGUUUGCCUGAACUAAGUCUAAUUAAAUUAUGAAAUUGAUGCUUUUUAAAUUA